AUGGUGGCGGCUGCGACGCAGAUAUUUCAGUUACCGUUACAGUACUCUGUUUCUUCCGGCCAACGGAGUUAUAACGGUGUUUGCUUGCCGUUAGUCUGUAGGAGUAGUGGAAAGUUGAAGAAUCGGAGGUUCGGAAGAGUGAUAGCUCAGCAGGAGAAAGGAGACGCGGUGGAGAUUAGAGUUCCGGUUCCGUUAACACUGGAGCAACAAGAGAAGGAGAAAGAAGAUAGAGACGAUGAUGAAGAUGAAGAAGAAGGGGAAGUGGAUCCUGAAGAUCUUAAAUACGUCAAUGAGAUUAAAAGGGUAUUGGAGCUACUUAGGAGGAACAGAGACAUGAUGUUCAAUGAGGUCAAGUUGACAAUAAUGAUUGAGGACCCAAGGGAACUGGAAAAAAGGAGACUGCUUGGAAUUGAAGAUGCAGAUGCCCCUAGUAGGGAAGACUUAGCUGAAGCCUUGGAACAGGUAAAUGAAGGGAAAAUCCCUAAAGACCGUCUCACUCUCCAGAUGUUGUAUGAGGAAAUGAUCCGUUGGCCAAAUUUGGAGGUUGAGGUUUCAAAGAAGCAGCGAACAAAAUCAUUGUAUGCGAAAUCCACAGACACCGGAAUAGAUCCAAAAGAGGCAGCCAAGAGACUCAACCUAGAGUGGGAUUCAGCUGCUGCCAUCGAAGAAGCCGAUGUCGAUGAUGAUGACACUGGAGUAGCCAAGAAAGCCAUGGGUUAUGGAGCGCUGUACUUGGUCUCAUCUUUUCCAGUUAUCAUCGGUAUCUCGGUUGUGUUAAUAUUGUUUUACAACUCCCUUCAGUAG